GGAAGUAUUACUACAAGCGCUGAAUAAUCUUUCAGCUAAGAUAGAUCAGGGACAGGCUGAGCUUUCAGCUAGGAUAAACCAAAUGCAGGGUAACGUAAAUAACGUACAGGAAUGUAUUGAAAUGCGUUUGUCAGAGCAGAAAGAAGCACUAGAGCGGUUAACUGAACAGGUAGCACAAGGUCAUUCUAGAAUAAAUGAUCUGGAGUCUAGUACAACAGCUUUACUAGUUACGGCCAGGGAAGAACGUCAACGAAUCCAGGAUCAGUGUGUUCGCAAUCAUACUGUACUUAGGGAAGAAAUGCACGGACAGACUGAACAGUUACAGUUGCGUCUCGAACAAGUAGAAGAGGCUACCGCAACCUUAUCUAGUCGGAUCGAUACACUGAGUAACGAGUGUACGCAGGUAGCAGAGAAGGCGGCUGACUGUCGUACGGUACAGCUGUGCCAGCGCGUCGAAAGUCAAUUGAAUAACCAGUUCAGUGUUCAACAACACCUGGAAAGUCAAGUGAAGGAGCUGGAGCGGCGGUUUCAGGGAUUAGACACAGACCAGUUCCCUAGAUUACCCACACAACCGAGUGACAAUCCAGUACACAGCAACAGGGGCGCUAACGGACCAGCAGAGUCACUAGUUACACAAACAUCUGAGCGACCCGUGCUGAAUGCUACCGUGGGCGGUCUUACCAUCGAUCAGGCUGCACUACUACACCACCCAGCUAGGCAGUGGAGUGAAUCUAUGCCAACCUUUACGGGCAAGGCAACAGAAAACCCCAUACGAUUCCUAAAUAAAUUUGAGGAAUAUGCCCGUACAUUCGGUCUUAACGACACCGAAAAACUUAAAUGUUUAGGCUCUGCGCUCAGAGGAAAUGCGUUCUACUGGUAUGAAAUGUUACAAACAACUACCACGUCAUACCAGCAAUUCAUCGACAUGUUCAGGCAACAAUACUGGAGUCUGAGGACGCAAGGCAACUUGAGGGCCCAAUUACACACUGAACGAUAUGACCCCAAGAAGGGCAUGUCAUUAGAAGCCCACAUUUCUAGUAUGUAUGAGAGGACUCGUUAUCUAGAUUUGGUUAUGUCUGAUGACGAAUUUAUAGCGACGGUGCUUACUCAGCUCCCGCUAAAAUACCAAAUCCAGCUAGCUGGUAGAACAUAUGGUGAGGUCGGUGAGUUUAGAGAACAACUGUUGAUGUUUGAUAAAUUGGAGAGACUCAACCGCAGUCAGACGUCACGGGAGGAAACAGAGCGCAGUAACGCUUAUCAGAAGCAUGUGCCUAUGCACAAUACAUGGCAGAACCGGGACGUCAAAACAAAGGACGACAGGCGAGCUUCCGUAAACUACAUGAAUUGGCAAUACCAAGAUGAGAAUCCCUAUCACAAACAAUUUUUUAAGGGACAAUAUCAAGGUAAACACCAGAAAAGACGUUCUAUGCAUUACAGGAAAAAAACAUGGUGGUCCAGCAACAGGAAUCACAGCAGCGACCAUGAGGGCGAACGACGGAAUCAAUUUGAAAGCAAGAAGGGAAACAACAGACGCUCACCAUCCCCGGAGCUACGGACACACAGGGAAUCCGACAGAAGGAGGCGCGCCUACUCGGAAGACGAAUACGAUGACCAUCGCAAGUAUUUCCAGACGUCCGAGCAGCAGAGAUCCUAUCGUGCAGAGUACCGACUGCCAAGUCAGUCCCCUACUGAGCAAUACCGACAGCGCAGUACGCACUCAGCGGAAAACAACUCUGUCAAUAAACCACCUUCCACUUCAUUCCCUCCACCGUUCACCACACCACUGCAGCAACAGCAGCAGCUCAGUUACUUCGCUAGAAAUGAGCCAAUUAACCCGAUUGCGGCCAGCUUCCAGCCGACAGUACACAACACAGCCAACGGCGGUGUCUGGGUACCUACAACUGCAGCUACUUCCGCAACAAUUAGGAAUUAACCCCGAUUACCUACCGAAAUACGCAACGAACACAGAAUGAAGAUGAUUUACCUACUAAAGAGGAGGUUCAGCAAUUCGUACAACAGAAAUUAUCAUCCGAAGUUGCGGCAAGACAGAGGAAGAGGACUGCGUCCAAAAGAAAAGGAUUUAAAGUCGGAGAAUGGGUUCUAAGGAAAACAUCUGUAAUAAGCCGUAAAUGGGAAUUUGUAACACGAAAAUUAUUUUUAUUAUUUACAGGUCCUUUUGUUAUUACUGAGGUUAACAACGAAAUUUGUUACACACUUGCAGAUCCUGUUACGAAACGUGUCGUAGGCAGGUACAAUCUAACGCAGUUAAGAGAGUAUAAGGCACCUAUUAUUAUAAACAACUAAGUUUCGGCACGCUGAUAUGCGAAAGUUUAUUGUGAAGAAAAUGCAAUAUACAGCUGGUGGAAUUAAAUUGUAUCGAAACGAUAGUCUCGAGUUCAGACAUAUUAUUCAGCUGUAUCAUGGGAACUGUUAUUGCCUUGUUUGUAAUCACCGAGGAGUCGCGUGAAGAGGUGACUGUCAGUGUUUGUGUCGACGAGGCCGAGCCCCGUCGAUGUCCGGCGUAAGAAUGCAUCGUCAUCUACGUCAGGAAUUUGUGCGCAGUUCGUCGAAGGUCAGAGGACCUAUACAUGUUUAUAUAGCCGCGAUGCUAUUACUGCGUUUUGAAUGUCAACCCAAGGGGUUUAGACAUAACAUGGCAGCACCUACAACAUGAAACUAUUCGUUAACAACGAAGUCAAUAUGUGUACACGAAAGCUGUUGUUUAAUUUUGGCAAGAUUUUUGUUAUAUAAAUAACCUUUAAAACAGCUGUAUUGUGUACGAAAACAAUAAAUUAGCCAGCAUGCCUGCAAUGAAAAAUUAGGAAUGCCUAUAUUCUGUCAAGAUGUACCACGUCAUGAAUGGAUGUGAAAACACAACACUGCAUUCAAGAUUAGUAAGAUACAACUACAAGCCGACAUGCGUACGUCAGUAACAUUAGAUUUUACUUAGUGCGUAAACUUUCCAUGUUUAGAAAUUCCAUACAUUAUUCUUUGACAAUGAAAAAAAAAAUUAAAAGAUAACACGUAAUUUUAAAUUUUAUUUACACUUCACAACGCCAUUAUUUUUCUUCUUAAUUUUCAGUAGGAUUGUGAAAGCUAUUAGGAUGGCGUCCUCAUAGGACUGCAAACUAGGAAAGCACACUUUCUUUUCGUGUGUAACACUAUAUUCAAAGAUAGAUUAUGAAAAAAAAAAAUUAGUAGAAUAGGUUCUAAUUUUUCACCACUGAAAAUAAAUAUCAGAGAGGAAUUUAUUCACUAUUUUAUUUGGUAAACUUUAUCGACAAGAUUAAGAAACUAUAACACUGGUGAGAUGCG